UAGAGCCAGAGGAGAAGGGAUGCUGCACUUGUGCUUGAUCACCUAAGAAGAAGAAUUUAAAAACAACAUCGUGAAGAGGUUAAGAACCUGCGAGCAUGGCAGGACAAUUUCAUGUUUAAAGGCAACUCCCUCAGCCAGCUUUUCUUCAUCAAAGUUUGUUGGUGCCAUGGCUGACCCGAGCUGGUGGAAGCUGACCUUCAGUCGCAAGAAGAAAUCUGAGGCUAAGGUGCUAUAUGAGAUCCCAGCCGAGUAUGGCAGUAAUACUGGGAAUAAAGAGCACUCAAGCAAUAAUCCCCCUCCAGACCAUAUGGACAGCCAGUUCAAUGCCAGACUGGAGAAGAUUGUAGAUAAAUCUGCUACCAAAGGCCGCCAUGUCAAGGUGUCCCACUCUGGCCGCUUUAAGGAGAAGAAGAAGGUCCGCGCCACACUGGCAGAGAACCCUAACCUGUUUGCUGAGCACAACCUUAGUGACGAGAACCAUAAAAAAAACAAACAGACUGAAAAAUAACAUUCAACGCAUACCAAACAACACAAACUUGAUCAUAAAUGUGUCAUAUGUGAGUGUCACAACCCCAGAAGUAAAGAUGAAUUAAAGAUGCUAAUACCUACAACAAGCACAACCACGGUGAUACUUAAGACAUGCAAGGUGGAUAAACACGUGUUUCUAUGCACCACACCCAAGCAGAUACUGAAACCGGCAGACUCUUACUCACGCCUACACAAGCAUCUGAUAUCAGCAACCAUUAGACAUUCACCCAAGCGAAGGGAGGCUCAACAUGGUGCUGAAGACAUUUUCAUAAGGAUUUCAUUAGGGUUUUCUUUCUCAAACUGAAUAUAUAUUCAUUCAGUGACUUUCUUGUGCUGACUAUUGUAUAACUUGAAAAAAAAAUCAGUGAUAUGAAGGUUAAGGUUAAUGUCUAAACAUAUAUAGUACUAUUCUAGAUUUUUUAAACUAUGAAUGUCAAUCUUUUGGAAUUUAAUGUUGUUUUGUAUGUCUUACGCAAUCAGUAUGUGAAGAUAACAUGUGCAAGUAAACCAUAUGCAUUUUUUUUUCUAUAACAUUUUUAUGACCACAGUAAAUUUUAAAAAUUAUGUUGCUGGCUUAACUAAAACACUGUGGAUACUCCACUUCUAGGCUUAAAUAACAUUUGUAAUUUAUAUAAUCUU